CAGGACCUCAUCGGAAUGCGCGGCGAAGGAAAAGAAGACGCGGGCCAGGUGGACGGCACGAUUGAAGCACGGCGAAUGUUACCCGGCGCGAUCGCUGGUGCCUUGCUGCACGUCGCGAGGUAUUGCACAUGCGGCCACGGCACAUGCGACGGCACGGCCGGCUACAAGGACAGGCGGAAAAUGCGACUUGGUGGAAAGACGAGGAGCGCGAUACGACGGCGCGCUUCAAGAUGGCCGUUUCAGCACAUUCAGCUUUCAGCUGAUUCCAAAGAGAUUACAGCUGAUUCGCGUGUUGUCACCUGUCAAAUUUUUGACGUAAAGUUUUUAUCGAUCGCGUAAAGUGCAUUUCCAGCGAAU